UUUGUUUCUGGGGGGAUCUAAUGCAGGAGUGCUUGCAUAAAAAAAUACGCUAAGAAAGCUGGAACCUUGCGUAUGAACACUAGUAUCGUGCUUGAGACUGCACGAACGGGAGACUAUUGAACUAAAUUGUUUAAAACCAUCUAGCACACUCAUGGCCUCAACAGUAGAUUUCAGGACGCACGUAGAUCAAUCAUGUAGAUAUUCUGAGGAAUUUGUUAAUAUUUAUUACGACUGCAUGGACAAGAAAAGGAGGCACCUUACAAGACUAUACUUGGACAAAGCCACUCUCGUGUGGAAUGGUAAUGCAGUAUCCGGCCACGAUGCCCUAGGGGAAUUUUUCGAGUCCCUGCCGUCAAGUGAAUUCCAGGUUCACACACUGGAUUGCCAGCCAGUGCAUGAUCAAGCAACCCAAGGACAGACAACUCUGUUGGUUGUUACUGGAGGGUCUGUCAAGUUUGAUGGCAACAAACAGCACUAUUUCAACCAGAACUUUCUUUUGACUGCUCAAGCAUCCCCGACAAGCGACCAGCCUGUGUGGAAGAUAGCAAGUGACUGUUUUAGAUUCCAAGACUGGGCCAGCUGAAGCUAUGUUAUAUAUAUUUAUGUUAAGCUACUCUUUAUAAAAACCAUAACCGUGUGAAAUCUGUGAAUAAAAUCUUUAAAUAUUUGAAUACAAAGCCAAACA